AUCAUUUUAUAAAAAUUGCAUCUUGAAGAUGUUUUUGCAGAAUUUGAAAAAGCAAAAAGAAAAAAAAAAGUUAAUUUUUAAUGUAAAAAAAAAAAACAAAGUGGAUAAUAAUAAAAAUAAAAAAUAAAAAACUUCUCUGGGUGCUAAAUUCGAAUUCGUGACUCGAGGUCAGGUGGUACUCGGGAUCGCACGAUAAAUAAUUAUCUCUCGUGCUCUGCGUUUUACGCAGUGCGUGAUGCGUCUCCUCCCCCCUUUCGGACUGAUUCUUUUUUUUCAGUCCAAUCCGCUACGAAUCGCGCGAGAAUCGAGAUUCGCAAGAACACAAUUUCUGCAUGCGAGUGAGUGAGUGAGUGAGUGUGUGUUUGUGUCCAAGUAGUUGCGGGUGUGUGUUUUCCCGUUGCGCGCGCGUGAAUGUUUUACACCUGACUACUACGCGAAUCAUAAUCGCGAUUGUCAAUAAAUGGCAAAAUUCCUCUAAAUAAAUGCGAAAUCAAUUAGAUUUCAGUGUGUAAAUUCAAAAUUUGAUAAAUGAAGAAUUUACCAGUAAUUAUUGGGGAGGGUUGCGUGGGAGGAGGGAAUUGAUUCGAAGAGAGGCUCAUCACCAAGAAGUUUGAUUGUGUGUGCACACCACGGUAGGUUAGUUGACUGCGGAACCGAGCGAGCGCUGAGCUGACAGUAGGCCGGCGACGUCACUGUGGGCCGGUUGAGCCUUCCUUCGUUCGAUUCCGGCAGGCUCUCUUAUUCAUUUUACAUGUAGCAAGCAGGGUUGCGGGCAGUUCAGACAUGGGAAGUGAGCAUUACUGCCUGAGGUGGAACAAUCAUCAGAGCAACUUGCUGGGUGUGUUCAGUCAACUACUAGAGACGGAAUCGCUGGUGGACGUGACGCUGGCGUGCACGGAGGGACCGUCGAUUCGUGCGCACAAGGUCGUCCUCUCCGCGUGCUCCAGCUACUUUCAAGCCUUGUUCCUCGACCACCCGAAUCGCCACCCCAUUGUCAUCCUCAAGGACGUCCGCUUCUCCGAGUUGCGUACCCUAGUUGAUUUCAUGUACAAGGGCGAGGUGAACGUUGAAUAUUGUCAAUUGUCAGCCCUUCUCAAGACCGCUGAAAGCCUCAAGGUCAAGGGUCUGGCAGACAUGACAAACAUUAAUGCCGCCGUGGCAUCGAGGGAGGAGCAACAACAACAACAACAACAACAUAAUCAAUUGCAGCAGCAGCAGCAGCACACAAGUUCGGAGACAAUUCGGGAGAAGGACAAGGAGAAGGAGCGCGAGAGAGAGCCGGCGAAAGAAUGUGAACAACCUCAACAAAUCCCACGUGCUCCCAGUGAACCUAACGAGGCUGUUGACAUGACCGAGUGUCCAGCGUCGCCCGCUGGUCAAACGAGUCCCUGUCCUGGUCCACUGGCGCUCGAUCGACCCAGGAGAGACUCCGAGGACGCAACUAGUUUAGAAGAAACGAGAGGUUCUAUUAGUCCAAUUUCUGUACACAGUGGCCCUAGUGACAUGAGUCUCAGUAAUAAUACCAGCGCACCUGGAGGAGCGCCACCUUUAAACCUACCGCAGAGUCGGCUUCCGUCCCCGCACAGUACAGAGCCGCUGGCUGGACCUUCGGGGUUGCCUCCUGUGCAACAAGUUCCGCUUUCCCUAAAAAAGGAAGUGGACUGGGAUCGUUCGACGGAUGAACGCAGUGCGAGUAGUGAAAUAUCGACGGACUAUAGGAUUCCCCCCGAUCCGGUAUCAUUAGCACUUGGCUUGGAUGCGAGCAGUUGGAAUGCAUUAAUCGAAAGAACAGCAUCGGGAAUCGCUGGAAUUGCUGGUUUUGCUCAAAGAUGUGGUGUGUGUCUAGCAGCAUUUCCCGAUGCCCUUCUUCUGCAGAGGCACGCAAUUCUCAAGCAUCCCUGUCCACCCGGCGACGACAAACCCUUCACUUGCGAUCAAUGCGGACAACGUUAUCGCUAUCGAUCAGCAUACGUCAAGCAUCGCGAGCAAAAUCAUCGCGCCCGCCUCCCAGCCGACAAACUCUUCACAUGCGACGUCUGCGGUAUGCAAUUCAGGUAUCUAAAGUCAUUUAAGAAACACAGGUUAAACCAUCACCUCGAGCGCCUUCAUCGAACACCCGAAUCCCAAGGAACAUCCUCAUCAUCAGUCGAGAGAAGCGAUCAAGUCUCAAGCACCGGCGAACCAUUCCAAAUGGAAAUUGCCGGCGACACGAGUCCCGUCGACAUUGAGGAUCGUUCGGACGAGAAUUUCGAGAACACAACAUCGUCGACUCUAUGCAAAAAGGAACUCAUCUCCGACACGAGUCCACCAAUUACCGAGACAUCCUACAUGUCCGCCAUUGAUAAUCUAAAGCCAGAGAAUUGUAACAGUGAUGAUAUUCGUACUAAAAUACAAAUGUCCCUCAACGUCACCAGAACACGAGAGACUGAUCGUAAGGAUAAACGAUUCGCCUGCAUGUACUGUGGAAAGUGUGUCCGGUCGAAGGAGAAUCUAAAACUUCAUAUUCGAAAACACACUGGCGAGAAACCAUUUCAAUGUCUAUUUUGUCUCAGGGCAUUCGGUGGUAAAAGUGACCUAACUCGACAUCUUCGAAUCCACACUGGCGAAAAACCCUACGAGUGCGAUGUCUGUGGAAAGAAAUUCGCCAGGGCCGACUAUCUCUCCAAGCACAUCACAACCCAUCUACAUCGACGCUGAUACAAACAAAAAUCCAACUAGCUCAUUCAUUCCACUCUUUUGCCAAUACUCUGAAUUCGUUCCCAAAAAGAAAAAACGAUUUAUAAGUAACUACAAAACUUUACUGAUCCCACAAACCUACUCAAGAUCACAGGACUCGAACUAGGUCUGUAAAUCCCGUAAAAAUCCGUAAUUUAAUUCAAAAAGGAUGAAAACUUUGUAAAUUUUACGAUAUAGUUUGGAUAAUUUUAGAGAAAUUACAAAUGAUUGCAGAAAUUCAAUUAUGUUGGAAAUUU